AUGUCCGCCGCCGUUACACGGCCUUGGUUCCUCGUCGUCGUCGCCGCGGCGUUCUGGGCCUGCAUACUCUACGUCCGCAUCUCCGUGCACACGGUUGCACCGAGCGACGUGAGCCGCACCGGCGCUGACAGCAGUGAUCCAUGUAGGGGACGUUACGUGUAUGUGCACGAGCUCCCGCCACGAUUCAACGCCGACAUGCUCUCCGGCUGCGCCAAUCUGGAGGGCCAGUGGCCCGACAUGUGCAAGCAAGUGAGCAACGCCGGCCUCGGGGAGCCGCUGCUACACCCCGAUCAGCUCGACGGGGAGGUGCCGGGCGGCGGCGCGCUCACCAACUCCAGCGGCUGGUACGCGACGCAGCAGUUCGGGUUGGACGCCAUCUUCCACGCCCGCAUGCGGCGGUACGAGUGCCUCACCAACGACUCCUCCGCGGCGGCCGCCGUGUUCGUCCCGUUCUACGCUGGCUUCGAGUUCUCGCUGCACCAGUGGGGCUACGACGAGGCAACGCGGGACGCCGCGUCGCGCGACCUGGCGAGCUGGCUCAAGAGCCGCCCGGAGUGGCGCAGAGCGAGCGGCCGCGACCACUUCCUCGUGGCCGGGCGCACGGCGUGGGACUUCCAGCGCGACACCAUCAACAUCUCUGUGUGGGGCACCAACCUGCUCCUCCUCGACGCCGUCAAGAACAUGACCGUCCUCGUCAUCGAGUCGUCCACCUCCGUCAUGGGGGGCGGCAGCGACAUGGCCGUGCCUUACCCGACCUACUUCCACCCACGGGCAGACGCCGAUGUCCUGGACUGGCAGCGCAGGAUCAGGAGCGCCGACCGCCCGUGGCUCAUGUCCUUCGUGGGCGCGCCAAGGCCGCGCGAAUGGCAGUCCAUCAGGCCGGACAUCAUCGACCAGUGCGCCGCGUCGUCCGCCUGCCGCCAUCUGGGCUGCGCCAGCGGGGAAAAGCAGUGCCACACCCCGGGGGAGAUCAUGCGCCUCUUCCGGAGCUCCACGUUCUGCCUCCAGCCACGGGGGGACUCGGCCACGCGGCGGUCGGCAUUCGACGCCAUGGUCGCCGGCUGCGUGCCGGUCUUCUUCCACCCGCGCUCCGCGUACCUCCAGUACAAGUGGCACCUGCCCAGCGACCACACCCGCUACUCGGUGUUCAUAACGGAGGACGACGUGCGCGCGGGCAACGUGAGCAUCGAGGAGACGCUCAGGAGGAUACCGCCGGCGACGGUGCGGGAGAUGCAGGAAGAGGUCGUCAGGAUCAUGCCGGGGCUCGUGUACGCCGACCCGAGGUACACGCUCGAGACGGUGAAGGAUGCGUUCGAUCUCGCGGUGGACGGUAUGCUGAAGAAGGUGGCAGAGGCGCGGAGUGCCGAACUAUUGGGUGGUGGUGUAGCUCGGCACUCGACCUCGCAAGAUAACACAAUUUCAUCCAAGUGAUGGGUUCAUCGUCACUUGGCGUGAUGAACAAUCAGCUCGUGUAGCCCGUGGAUAACACCUGAAUGUCUGUUGUUGACUGCUGAGAUGUUUCUUAUGUGCAUGUA